GGGCGGAACUGCUGGCUUUGUACAACCACCCGCCCGUCCGAGAGGGCCACGUGAAGUACUACACCGUCAAGGUGCCGCUCCGGGUUCAGAACUGCGACGAGGGCGUCAAAGGCGUGGAGGCCAACUGGCUGGAUCACAUGACCCAGCACUUCAACAACGGAGCCUCGCUGGUCGAUGGAUACUUCCACCUGGGCAACGCGAACAAUUUGCUGCCGAAGUCGGUGGAGAGCGUCUUCAUCUUCCAGGAGGCGAGCGAGGGCGAGCAGAAUGCGGCCACUCAGACGUAUGACGCCAUCGUCGUGGAGCAGUGGACCGUCAUCGAUGGUCUGCAGGUGAAGGCUGAUUAUGUUCCCCUGCUGCAGUCUCUUGCUACAUAUGGAUGGAGACUCACGUGUGUGCUGCCGACUCCUGUAAUCAAGACCAACAGCGAUGGAAGUCUGUCCACCAAACAGAUCGUGUUCCUGCAAAGACCCGUGUUGGGCCGAAAGAGGAGGGAAUCCAAGAAACUGAUCUUCAAGCCCCGAAGCAAGUCCAACAAGAACUGCAUUAAAGACACGGCGAAGAACAAGAAGAAGAAGAAAACAAAGAGUGAGAAAGAUGCAGAAGAUCCGAAGAUUAUUGACGACAGAGAAAAGGCUGAGAGAGAGGAGGACAAGAGCAGAGAGGAAGGGGAGAACGCAACAUACGGAGAUGCGGGGAGAGAAAGUGGGACACUGGAAGAAAGGGAAACGAGGUGUGAGGAAGACGGAAAGAUUGAUGAUGGGAUUGAGAUCAGCAUAGAGACUGUCGAAAUGAAAGAUGGAGGAACGGAGACAAAAGACAAAGGAGCAGGAAAUGGCACAGAUGAAGGAGAAGAAGAUGAAGAAGAAAAAAUAACAUUGGGUGAAGAGGGAUCGGAAGAGAAUGGAGAGCCUUUAGUCCAGGAAGUGGCAGAAACUGUUGCGACUGUCGAAACAGAGAAUGAGACCAAAGAAAACAAGGACACGGGCGUAGCAGAGGUUGAAGCCGUGAUCGAAAACGGUGUGGAGGCGGACGAGGAGAGAGACGAGGGCGGAGAAAAUGCGAUCAAACACAAGGCGGAGGAGCCGGCAAGUGUGGAGGUCAACGCCAAGGAGAUUGUGGCAGAUUCGCUGGCCAGUCUGACCAAUCAGAGCCCAGAGGAAACUCAAGAGUAGCCCCGAGUCGAGGUUUUAUUCCCCACCCUACCUCUCAAAUCCCCCCCCCAUCUUAAGAUCUGGUUCACAGUGUUGUCCCUGAUCCAAAUUAACGGGGCGUCGAUCCCCAUCGCUGCAGCAUUGUCCAAACCUGCCAUCUUUCAUUGACGAGCCCCCC